GCGGGGCGCGGGGCGGGUGCUGGGCGGCGACGAGCCGGAGCUCCGGCUGCGCGGGGAGCGAGGUGGGCGCGCGGCGCCGGAGACCCCCGCAGGAAGGCGCGGCGUGCGGCGUGCUGUGUGCGGGGCUGGGGGCACGCGGGGCGGUGGGGCGCCGGCGCCGAGGACAGCCGGCCGAGCCCUGGCGCUUGGGCCGCGACACCUGGAGGCGGAACAGGAAGACGCGGGCGGCGCCGCGACCUCGCCGGGCGCGGGGCGGGGGCUGUGUCCGCGCACCCCUGGGGGAGCCUCGGCCGCGGCCCCUGCCAGGGACACCCCGUUGUCCUCUCAUCCCAUGUCAUAGCCCCUCCCGUAGGCCCGGGCACCCCGGACCCCAUUAUCCCCCAGCCCCUCUCUGGCGCUGACCCGCGUCCCCGCCGGCCCGUCUCCUCGGCGGGUCCCCGGAGCCCCGCAGGAGCCGCCCGUCAGCGCCUCUGCCGGCCCCCGCGAUCCCGUCCCGCCGCCGAGCUCCAGCCCCGGCCCCGGAACCCGGUCCAGCCCCGCGCUCCCGCCGGGCCGCGCGCCCGCAGCAGCUGGGAUGCAGCCCGCAGGCCUGGAGGCCGUUCGGGAGGCGGCGGGCCGCGACGUGCUGGCCGCGGACCUUCUGUGCAGCCUCUUCGCGUCGGCGCUGCAGAGCUACAAGCGCGACUCGGUUCUGCGGCCCUUCCCCGCGUCCUACGCCCGCCACAACUGCAAGGACUUCGAGGCCCUGCUCGAUGACGCCAGCAAGCUGCCGAACCUGCGAGAACUUCUCCAGGCCUCGGGCCACAGAGACAGACGGGCCUGGGACCUGGUGGGCUGGAUCUUAUCGUCAAAGGCCCUGGCGAUCCACAGUGCAGGAAGGUCGGAGUUUGAGAAGAUUCGGAAGCUGACCCGGGCCACCCACGUGGCCGUCCCUGUGCCGAACUUCCUGUUUGAGAUCGAGUACUUCGACCCGGCGAAUGCCAAGUUCUACGAGACCAAAGGCGAGCGAGAGCUCAUCUACGCCUUCCACGGCAGCCGCCUGGAGAACUUCCACUCCAUCAUCCACAACGGCUUGCACUGCCACCUCAACAAGACGUCCCUGUUUGGGGAAGGCACCUACCUCACCAGUGACCUGAGCCUGGCCCUCAUUUACAGCCCCCACGGCCUCGGGUGGCAGCGCAGCCUCCUGGGCCCCAUCCUCAGCUGCGUGGCCGUGUGCGAGGUCAUCGACCACCCGGACGUCAAGUGCCAGAUGAAGAGGAAGGAUUCCCAGGAGAUAGACCGCAGUCGAGCGCGAGUCAAGAACAGCGAGGGGGGCGACGUCCCUCCCAAGUACUUCGUGGUCACCAACAACCAGCUCCUGCGGGUGAAGUACCUGCUGGUCUACUCACAGCAGCAGCCCACGGGCAGGGCGUGCCGCCAGCUCUCCUGGGUCUCCAGCCACUGGUUUGCCGUCAUGAUCUCCCUGUACCUGCUGCUGCUGCUGGCCAUGAGUGUCAUCAACUCCUCAGCCUUCCAGCACUUCUGGAGAUGGGUGAAGAGAUAAUCUUCCCCGCCCUGGAUCGGGGUCCGUCUCAGCCACGUGCCUUACGGUCAGCUUGUCCUGUGCCUCUCGCCACGCUGGGCGCGGGCGCCUGGGGAGCCCAGGACGAUGUUCGUACGCCAUAAACGUAUCCGCUGCCUUUGAUGGUCUCGCCGGAAACGUCUGGGCCCUCGAGCUUGGCUUCCAGGGACCCUCCGUCUGCUCUUCCCUAAAUGUCCUGGGGAGUCGGCUCUUCGGCCAAAGGAAAAAAAGUCUUGCUGUAUUUAAAAACAAAGUGUCCGAGCUGUCAGGGGCCUGUUUACAAUUGCUCCUGGCAGCCGUGGGCCGUCUCUGAUGCCUUCUGGAAGACAGAGAACGUGUAGUGGGGCCCAUAAAUCACGAGGCUCUCGCCUUGUUUUGACUCCAGACAGCCAAGAGGAACAGUCAUGCUUCUCAUAAAAACCAGGGGGAUCUUUUUUCUUUUUUUUCUGAGUCCCUGCAGCCUUUGAAUGUGAGUGCAAAACAUUUCCACAGUUGCUUCAGAUCUAUAGCCGGGCCUGUCCUGCCGCAGAGCAAGGCGUCGGGGCCGUGGCACUGGCCGCUCACGCCGGCUCUCCCCCGUGCUGCCGGUCGGCUGCUGCUUCCUGCCAAAAGGGAGCGAGAGGUUCGAGUUCUGAUUUUUUUUCCUUUUUUUCCCUAAGUAGCCCUGACACGUUGGUCUCUGUGAGUGAGUGAAGGGGAUGUUUCAGAAACUCGGCACCAUCCGGCCUGUGCCCACAGCCUCUCUCCCGUUGGGGCGCAGAGGCCGGGUGCUGUGGCGGGCCCGCCCUUCUUCUCACGGAGCUGCCUUGAUGGUGUCCAGGGCCUUCUGUGGGCCGCUCAGCCCCACUCAGCUUCGGCUUCCCGAGGGAGACAGUGGCCGCCCAGGGAGCUGCCUCUCAUGGUCUGUCCCCCUCCCCGUGGGGUUUGGCCAUUACCAGCCCUGUCUGAUCAUGUGGGGCCUGGGAUUAUGUCGUUUCUCCAUGCUCAUUGAAGGUGUGAGAAAGCCCCUAUCAGGAUUUUACAUCGAAUAUUUGAACAUUUCCGAAACAAUAAAAGGUAUUUUCCUAAA